UACCUACUACCUACUACCUACUACUACUACUACUACUACUACUACUAGGUACCUGAGGCUCGUUCGUGUCAAGGAAAAAGAAGAAGAGCAAAGAUGGUGGCCGAUCACUACGACGGCAACAUUGCCAUUGCAGUCAUCGGCGGCACUGGUCUGCAGUCUCUGGCGGGCUUCACUCACGUAGCGACUCUCAAGCCCACCACGCCCUGGGGCUCGCCGUCGUCGCCCAUUUCGGUCUUGCACCACCCUUCGCCCACCACCGGCAACCCCAUCCCCGUCGCCUUUCUCUCGCGCCAUGGCCUGCACCACGAACUCGCACCGCACGAGGUCCCCGCCCGCGCCAACAUCGCCGCCCUGCGCCACCUCGGCGUGCGCACCAUCAUCGCCUUCUCCGCCGUGGGAAGUCUGCAGGAAGACAUCAAGCCCCGCGACUUUGUGGUGCCCGACCAGGUCAUUGACCGCACUAAGGGCAUCCGCCCCUUCACCUUCUUCGAGGGCGGCAUGGUGGGACACGUGGGCUUCGCGGACCCCUUCGACUCUAAGAUCGCCGACAUUGUGCGCCGCUGUGGACACUCGUUGGAGGGCGACGGCGUGCGGCUGCACGACCGCGGCACCAUCAUCUGCAUGGAAGGACCACAGUUUUCGACGCGUGCCGAGAGCAACAUGUACCGCAGCUGGGGAGGCUCUGUCAUCAACAUGUCUGUCCUUCCCGAGGCCAAGCUCGCGCGAGAAGCCGAGAUCGCCUACCAGAUGAUCUGCAUGAGCACCGACUACGACUGCUGGCACGACGCAGCGGGAGACGUGACGGUGGAGAUGGUCAUGGGCAACAUGAAGGCGAAUUCCGAGAAUGCGUAUCGCUUUGUGGGAGCGGUGCUGAACGAGCUGAGCAAAGAGGAGCAUGCUGAUAUUGUCGCUGCCCCUCAUCUGGCUGGCCAAACCAAAUUUGCCGGCGCAAUGACUGCACCCUCUGGUCGUUCAGCAGACGCUAAGCAGAAGCUCGCAUGGCUAUUCCCAGGCUACUUUGACUGACUGAGCUGAGAGUAACCCAGAUAUCCCACUCGAUCGAGUCACAUGGCCAGAACAGCGACUCUCAACAAUCGCCAAUCGCCUACAUAUAGACCACGAUACCCUGCCACGGCAUCCUCUCUCUCUACAUCUCCCGCGCCGUCCUCACGUCUCAUCUGGCCAUCUUUUCGUGGUGUCUACCAACAGCGUGCUGUUCGACAUAGUCUGCCAUCGUAUCCCAGUCCCGACACUUGUGCUGUAUUCCCCAACCAUUGACCGCAAACCUCCUGCCAUCCGCCUCCGUUCUCGGCCAUUCGAGUGUCAUAUCACCCGCGCACAUGAUGGCCUGUCGGAGAUAGUCAAAGCAGUGUAAGAUGUGAUCUGCUUGCGGCGCAAGCAAGACAUCAAACACUUGCUGCGCAUUGGUUCGAUUGAAAGAAGCUUGCAUCGUGAACAUAUAAGUUCUCAUAUGUCUCAGGCAAUGCAACUGAUGCCACAUGGAUAUAUCGUAGACUUGGCCAUAUCGAGUAUCCUUACCCGGUUGCGAGAGGAGGUGUAGUUGGCGAGGAUCAUCAAUGACCACAAAACCAUCACCUGGCUGUGACGGAUAUAUAUGUUGCAGUCAGUGUCUGCCUGCCCUUCAACAACAACAAACCAUCAUGCCAUGCCAUGCUUGGGGAAACACAAAAGACUUACAGGCAUCAUUUCCCCCCAAGCCGCAUCCGAUUCAAGAGAAGAAGCCGCAGCGAAUCUCUCAUCUUUUUCAAACGUGACUUUUGACCAGGGAACUUUUUUUCGUUUUAGAAGAAAAAAACACCAUCAUCGUCAGUCAGUCCCUCAGUC